AUGUCCUCAACUACAAAAGCCGCUAGAAUAGGGGAAGAAAUUUGGAAGACAAAAAUCGACAAAGUCAAUGCCGAAUUAGUUACGCUUACAUACGGAACGAUAGUCGCACAACUAUGUCAAGACUACGAUGGAGACUACCUUGAAGUCAAUAAGCAACUCGAUAAGAUGGGCUAUAACAUCGGCAUGCGAUUGAUUGAAGACUUCCUCGCCAAAUCGAACACUGGACGAUGCGCCAACUUUAAAGAGACGGCUGAUAUAAUUUCAAAAGUCGGAUUCAAGAUCUUUCUGAAUAUAACGCCAACCGUCACCAACUGGACGAGCGACAAUAAACAAUUCUCCUUGGUUCUGGACGAGAAUCCGCUGGCGGAUUUUGUCGAAUUGCCGGACGAUGAUCGGGCGCAAGAUCAACUGUGGUUUUCGAAUAUUCUAUGUGGUGUGUUGCGAGGCGCAUUGGAGAUGGUCCAAAUGCAAGUAGAAGCCCAUUUCGUCAGCGACGUCCUUCGUGGCAGCGACACGACUGAGAUUCGAGUGACGUUGGUUCGAUAUAUCGAAGACGAGAUGCCGCCGGACGAUGAAUAA